AGGGCUAUAUCUUAUCCAAAGCGUGAGGACGGCGGCCCUUUCACAGCCAUCUCUUACAAUAUAAAAUCCCCGAGUCACCAAAAACCUUAUCUACUGCUAUCCUCUCUCUCAAAAACACUAACACUCAUCAGUUCUUUUUCUUCCCCAAGACUCUGAUGUUUUUUGUCUUUUUGUGAAAACACGAGCCCAACUUUCCAUGGCCGCCAUUAUCUUCGCUCCAAAGAUACCUACCACCAACCAUAUUCGCUUCCCAUUUUCCCAAACCAACUUUUUGCCUCGCCGAUUUGGACCCCGAUGUUAUGAUCAAAAUCGUCACCAGCCUCACCUCCAAACGAGACAGAAAGGGAGGUCGUUUUCCUUGAAGGAGUGUGCGAUUUCAAUAGCUUUGGCUGUGGGGUUAGUAACUGGAGUUCCUGCAUUGGAUUGGUCUGCAAAUGCCAAUGCAGCAACUAGUCCAGCUUUGCCUGAUCUGUCUGUGUUGAUAUCUGGACCGCCAAUCAAGGACCCGGGAGCGUUGUUGAGAUAUGCGCUGCCUAUUAACAAUAGAGCUAUCAGGGAAGUACAAAAACCACUCGAAGACAUCACUGAAAGUCUCAAGGUUGCUGGAGUUAAGGCACUCGAUUCGGUUGAGAGGAAUGUGAGGCAGGCGUCUCGGAACCUCAAGCAGGGGAAAACUUUAAUUAUAUCAGGGUUAGCUGAAUCAAAGAAGGACCAUGGAGUAGAACUGCUAGACAAGCUGGAAGCGGGAAUGGAUGAGCUCCAACGAAUUGUGGAGGAUAGGAAUAGAGAUGCAGUAGCACCGAAACAGAAGGAGCUUCUUCAAUAUGUUGGAGGUGUUGAAGAGGAUAUGGUGGAUGGCUUCCCAUAUGAAGUGCCUGAAGAAUACCAAAGUAUGCCUCUACUGAAGGGGAGAGCAACUGUAGAGAUGAAGGUCAAGGUUAAGGACAACCCUACCCUAGAUGAGUGUGUCUUCCGUGUAGUUCUAGAUGGUUAUAAUGCGCCUGUAACUGCUGGGAAUUUUGUAGACUUGGUGGAAAGACACUUCUAUGAUGGCAUGGAAAUCCAGAGAGCCGAUGGCUUUGUUGUUCAAACUGGUGACCCUGAAGGUCCUGCAGAGGGUUUCAUUGAUCCUAGUACAGAGAAAACCAGGACAAUACCAUUAGAAAUCAUGGUGGAGGGGGAGAACGCACCUGUUUAUGGAGCAACUUUGGAAGAUAUUGGUCUAUACAAGGCUCAAACAAAGCUUCCAUUUAAUGCGUUUGGAACGAUGGCCAUGGCCAGAGAUGAGUUUGAGAACAAUUCUGGGUCCAGCCAGGUAUUUUGGCUACUGAAAGAAAGUGAAUUAACUCCCAGUAAUGCAAACAUAUUGGAUGGUCGGUAUGCAGUGUUUGGUUAUGUGACAGAAAAUGAGGAUUAUUUGGCAGAUCUCAAGGUUGGUGAUGUCAUAGAGUCCAUUCAAGUUGUCGCUGGCUUGGAUAAUCUAGUCAAUCCAAGCUACAAGAUUGCUGGGUAGUUACCUUUCCAUAUUAUUAGUGUUAAAUACUGCAUAUGAGACUUUAUUGCUCACUCCCACUAAAUUUGUUGGUGGAGUUAAUAAUUUGUGGGGUUCCAUUUUUAAGUUUGUAUUUUUCCUUCGAGGAUUCGGUAAUGGAUAGUUUGGGAGAAUUUUUAGCAUCUAAA